GAAGAAGAGGGCGCAGGAGUUUUUGUUUUCUUGCGCAAGUCGAGUGGUUUCGUCUUUGGUACGACACCGCGUCCUUUGAUCUCACGGCCGAGUUGCGUUUCGUCGUUGGUAAUACCGCAGCUCUGUGUUUUGAUAGCAGCAGCAGCCCAGGAUGCCCCGCGUCACACCAAUCGCUACCAAGGAAGGUGAGGAGAGGGGACACCCACAGAGUGAGAAAUGAAGCCUCUCGUCGGGCAGCAUGACGCAACAGACCAUGUGAACUGACGGGCGUGCGUGUGUGAAUGGUUCAGACUUUGAGGAGAAGGUCAAGAAGGCCGAGGCCUCCAAGUUGGUCGUAGUCGAUUUCUUCGCUACCUGGUGUGGUAAGUCGACAAGGACCAACACAACACAACACAACACCAGCAGAGAGGGAGGGAGGGAUGUGUGUCGAGUCGAUGCCGGGGCGGGAUCACUGCUUGGUCUGUCUGUCUGUGGUUGCUAUGAUGUAUGUGUGUGUGUUUGGACAGGUCCGUGCAAGUACAUCUCGCCCAAGCUGGAGGCGAUGAGCGACGAGUUCAUGGACGUACUCUUCUUCAAAGGUAGGGACGGGGGGAGGGACAUCCAUCCUGCAGGGAACACACAGGGCUGACACCGACAGACGGCUGUCACGCUGCACUCACCGCCUGUAUGUGGUGUGUGUCGUGACAUCAGUUGACGUGGACGAGGUUGCGGACCUGGCGGAGGACCUCAUGAUACAAGCCAUGCCGGUGAGUGAGUGAGAUCGCGGUACACCGGGGGAAGGGGCAGCCAGCCACUCCUUCACUCAUCGCACUGUCAUCUGUGUGUCGUCUUGCAUGUGUGUGCCUCAUGUCAGACAUUCCAAUUCUGGAAGGUGGGCUCAUAGAGAAGACAAGCCCGGCAUUGCAGGAUGUAUGGUGUGGCUGUGUGUGUGUGUUGUGGUUUUCAGAGCGGCGAGAAGAAGACCGAGUUCUCGGGCGCCAAUGAGGAGAACCUGCGGUAGGUUAGGAGGGGACUGACUGGAGACAUGAAUGAUAGCAGGGGAGGAAGGGCCAGCCAGCCUGUUAGUCACCUGCCUGCCGCCGUGUGUGUGUUUGCAGGAAGUUUAUUGAAGACAACAAGUGAUCUAUCGGUGGAUGGGCGGGAUGGGAUGGGGUGGGGCUGGUUUGCUAGCCGUGGUUGCCUGUCUGAUUGCCUGCCUGUUUGCUUUGGUGGAGAGCUGGUUGGUCGACUGACAGAUAGAGGCCGUCGGUCUCAUCUAUCUAUGAUAUGCACCCCACUGGUCAGUCAAGUCUGCCAAUGUGAGAGAGGUCCCCCUUCCCGUCUGCCCGUCUGUCUGUCUAUCUCUGGCGUCCUCCCCCCCAAUGUGUGUAUGUAUGUAUGUCCCCCAUUUCCAUCUCUAUCUCUGUCUGUCUGUCCAUGCCAUGUGUGUACCCUACGUAUACACGCGCUAGUCGGCGCUUUGAUUGCGCCGUGCAUCCAUCUGUCUGUCGAUUGGAUUGCAUGCGUUUGGAGGAAAGAGAGCGCACCCCUGUAGCUAGCUAGCCAGGUCGAUCGAUGAACCAACCAAUCAGUCAGCCCGAAGGUCUGUCUGUCUAUCUGUCUGUCUAGAGGCUUGUUUUUGAGGGUGUGUGUACUCUGCUCUGUGUGCUCGCUCCCUUCCGCUCACUCAGUCACUCACCUGUACGUAUACUGCCGUCAUACUCACUCAACCCUUGCUUUCUGACGGCCGGGCCAGGGCCCAUUUCCCGCUUGCCCGCCUGCCCCCUGCUGUCCCUUGCAUGCCUGCC